UUUUUUUUAAAUAUGCCGCGAGUGGGUCUACCCGCCGUGCUGCUGCUAGGCGCGUGCGUACGCGCCUUCCUGUACGUUGUGCCGUCCAUCCACGUGACUUUAUCAACCCGCCCCGAGCUGUCCACGUCUAUCUCGUCAUUUCACCGCCUACAGGAGGGAGUAUUUCUCUUCCAAACUACCGGUUCGCCCUACUCUGGGGACGUUUAUCAUCAACCCCCGCUGCUCUUCGCUCUGCUGUAUCCAGUGCUGCAGGUGGCCCCAGCGUCUCUCCAAUAUUUUAUCAUAUGCACCGUAUUCAUUCUCGUGGAUCUACUACUUGCCAUGGGCUUCGCUCGGCUCUGUAAGAGGAAUUUGAAGCUGGAAGAGGGACGUCGCUUCACGUUUCAGGAUAAGGAGGUUUGGCUUACCUUAGUGCCCGUUUCGCCGCUGUUUAAACCGAAAAAUCUGCCAACGACAGUGGCUUUUAUUGCACUGAUGAACCCGUAUUCACUGGCAUCAAGUGUAGCCAUGUCAUCAGUGGGCUUUACACACUUGGCAGUGCUCUACAGCUUGGUCUUCGCCUCAGAAGGUGACAAUAUUUACAUGUAUUGUAUCAUUUACCAGUAAAAUGAUUUUAAUUUUGUAUUACUAUGCUGUGUUUUUUAGGAGCUCUUGCUGCGUCAAUGAUGUGUGUGGCGGUGGGCACGUAUCUAUCUGUGUACCCAUUCUUCCUGAUGAUACCCAUUGUGCUGCUACUACGCUCAGUCAAAGACUCGUCUUUGGUGUCGCUAGUAGUAAAAUGCCUUAUAGUAGUUAUCGCCUGGCUGGGUUUGCUAUUCUACUUGUCGUGGAGUUUGACUGGAGGUUGGGGAUUUUUGGAGGAAACUUACGUGUGGGUGGCGAAAUACUCGGAUUUGACCCCGAACAUUGGCAUCUUCUGGUACUUCUUCAUGGAAGUUUUCGACCGCUUUAUCCCAUAUUUCCUCUUCGUGCUGCACUUGCACCCAGUCAUCUACAUCGUCCCGAUCUACCUGCGCUUGGCACACCGGCCUCAAGCCUACGCUUGUGCGUUGAUCGGCAUCUUUUCUCUAUUCCAGGCGUAUCCCUCCUUUGGAGACUUUGGAUUCUUCCUUUCAAUGCUGGCGAUGCACCCGAAGACGAUAAUGACGAUCGAAAACCGGUUUGUCUACGUGCUCGGCUUGGGUGUGGCCACGUGCAUGCUGCCCGUGAUGUGGUUCUUGUGGUUGUUCCCGGCCUCUGGCAACGCGAACUUCUUCUACAACCAGACGUUGGUGUACCAGAUCUUCAAUACUCAGAUCAUUACAGCGUUCGUAGGAGCCACCAUGAAACGCGACAAGGAUGUGGACAAGUACCGGGCCAGUCGCUUGAAACAACUGGAGAAAACCAGCGAAUAAAAACUUCGAACUCUAGGUCACUAUUUGUGUUGAACAGCCAUUGUUUUGGAAGGGAACGGUAAUGGAGGUGUGGACAACUUCCAGUCAUUCGCAGCGUCAAAACGUUGAAUGCUUCCCGCUGGCGACUUCGGAAAUUCUCGUACAUACUUUACGUUUCGCAGGCUUUUUGUUGCUUGAUGAUGCUGUGGAACGAUACAAGUAAGUACUAGCACGCACAAUUAUUAAUGUACAAUAAGAUACUAACUUCGUGGAGUGAAAAGAGAUUUUCUGCUCCGUCGAUGGACAACGGUGUCUUGUGGGACAGUCGAUUUGGAUACGCUGGAGUUCGGAUCCGUAAGUUCUGUAGAUGUUUCUCACCGUUGUGCUGUUAAAUACAUCAUGGUUAGAAAUAUAACGCCCACUAAUUAAAAGCGAUCAACUUACGACAUGUUUGGGUA